UUCGCUUGGGGCAUUGACCUCACCCAAGUCUUCGUCUUCCUUCUUUGGCAGCUGCCAGUUUCAUACACCACUAUUUUUAUCCAGAUCCAUCCUUGGAUUUCUCUUCAUUCCAGAUACAUCUUCUCUAAAGCCUAAACCCCUUGCUCUCUUUUCUUCCGAUGUAUAGUUGGAGAGGGCAGUUUCACCUGCGAGGCUGAGGUGAGCAACCAUUGUUGGAGAGCAAGCAGCCACAUGGCCAGCACCGCUGCCACUCCGGAAGCAGGCAGCAAUCACAGUGAAGACGGCACCACAGUGGAGCUUCCCAUCGUCGUCACCGGCAGCACCAGCCAAGAAUCCAUUGAUACUCCAUCCACCAGGUACUUGUUAGCCCCUAGCCAUGUAUCCAGCUCCAGCUUCACCGCAGACAUUGAGCUCCUGUGGAGACUGCGGAAGUACCUGCUGCUUCUUGGCAUCUUAGCUGUUGGUGUUACAUACAAUGCUGGAUUGACCCCACCUGGAGGGUUCUGGUCGAAGAACACACAAGGGCAAUCUGGACAUGAAGCGGGUGACCCUGUCCUCCGGGCUCUCUUCUUCCCACGGCACGAGGUAUUCUUCUACUGCAAUGCAACAGCCUUUGCAGCGUCUCUUGUCCUCAUCAUCUUGCUUCUGAGUAAAAACGUGGCAAGGCAGAGGCUAUGGCUCCGCUCAAUGCAACUCACCAUGGUUCUGGACCUGUUCAGCCUGAUGGGGGCCUAUGCUGCUGGAAGCUGCAGGGCAGUGAAGUCCUCCAUCUACAUCUGGGUUCUGGUGCUCUCUGUUUUCACAUAUAUUAUGAUCCACAUCCUAGUGUUCAUGAAAGUUGUUCCAAGAUUUGUGUCCGAGAAAAGAUUUGUUCCAAAACGGCUGAAAGAUGUGGCGCGGUCUGUGGAGCGCUGGAUCCUAUCCCGGUGUGGUGUUCACAGGAGUGAAAAGAACAGCUCUCACGAGAAAGAUCUAGAGGAAGCUCGCAAGUUCACUCUGGUGCUUGUGACUUUCGCUGCAACUGUGGCAUACCAAGCAGGGUUGAGUCCACCGGGUGGUUUUUGGGCUGAAAAUGAUGAGAACAAAACUCCAGCUACAUCUAUGCUUCGCUCUGGAAACCUUCCUCGAUAUAAUACUUUUGUUGUUUGCAACUCGACUUCCUUCGUUGCGUCUUUGGUCACAAUCAUACUGCUUCUAAGCCCAGAACUGAGUCGGCAUGGCAUCAGAUCCAGAGCGGUGACCGUGUGUGUUGUUGUCGACAUAUUGGGCCUUGUUGGAGCAUAUGCUGCAGGAAGCUGUAGGAGUGUGGUCACAUCUGUCUCUGCUGUUUUAGUGGCUGUUCUAGUAUGGAUCUGCUUUGCAGUUUUAGCUGGGAUCUUUGUUAACAGAUCUGUAGCAGAGUGGUUUGGGAAGAAGAUCAAGCCAGAUAUUAUGAGGUGCAUCGACAGAUUUGGCCGGGUCUUUUCGUCGAACCAUGGCAGAAAGAGAUCAAGAAAUCCGGAGGGAGAGAAUUCUAUUGCAAGUCAUCAGCAAACUGAAGAGAGCAUAAAAGGUGAAGCAGAAGCAGAAACUGCUAGAGUGCCAGAAUACCAGCUUCCAUACCAUCAGCUAGCUCCAGAUAUUGAAGAGGGUGAAUGCCCUGGGGAGCAGCAGAGUCCAGGCAAACAACAACCUACAAACAUUGAGGUUGUGUCCAUCUCAGAGCAUGCAUCUGUAAAUGAGAAGCAAGCAGAAAAUAGCAGCAGUGUCAUGUGCAAGCUGGGAAGUCAGUCUACAGACCCAAAUUCAGCUGCAAACGAGGCUAUGACUGAAACUGAAACAGAAAACAUACAAGAUGCAAAUAUGGAGGAACAACAAUCUUCCUUGGUGGAUGGUCUUAAAACUCCCACUACUGUGGCUGAUCAAGAAUCCACAACCGUGGAGUGCUUGUCCGACAUUGCACCCAAUAACCAUAAUGGAGCCACCAACAGUUUCAAGGAAGAGAAAGAAGCUUCGGAGCAGCAUUUGCAAGCCAAUGAGAUUGAGAGUUUCAGAACCAAUAAUGUGGCCAGACCUGUUGAAAAUGGCAACGUUGGCAUGUAUGAAGUAACUCCCAGACAAGACGACGGUGAUGUAAAUGCUGGUGCCAAUCCAACUGAUGAACAUCUGAAGAAGUCCCGGACAUACCUCCUUCUUCUAGCCAUUCUUGCAGUAUCCCUGGCGUAUCAAUCAGGUUUAAAUCCACCAGGUGGUUUCUGGACACAAAGAGGUACCAACAAUUCACCUAAGAGCACCCAUCAUCGUCCCUAUCAUUUACCGGGUGAUCCCAUCCUUGAGGAUACUCGCCAUCGACGCUAUAUUGCAUUCUUCUAUUUAAACGCCAUCGCCUUUGUGGCAUCCCUUGUCAUGAUCAUCAUGCUCCUGAACCGGAGGAUGAGCUACAAGGGCAUAAAACGAUAUGCGCUGCAGAUGGCUAUGAUAGUUGAUCUUCUUGCUCUAACAGGGUCUUACAUUAUGGGGAGUAGUAGGGGGACGAAGAGCUCCAUAUACAUAUGGCUGUUGGUAUGCCUUGUGCUGGUUUAUGUUGCUGUUCAUGUUCUGAUAGCAACACAUGUAAUCCCUGAAGGGUGCAAGAAGGUCGUGGCACAGAAGAUUGAGAAUUUCUCCUGCAGAUACAUAUGGACAAAGGCUUCGUUUCGGAACCGGGGAAUUGAUGGUAAUGGUAGUGAUUGUGAGGCUGGGCAAAGCCAGAGGAGUGAUGCCGAUGACAAGACCUGGGAGCGGAGGCGCAAUCUACUGUUGAUGCUUGCUGUUCUAGCUGCAACAGUCACGUACCAAGCUGGCAUCAACCCUCCAGGAGGUGUAUGGUCUGAUGAUAGCUCAGCCAGUGGUAAACCAGGAGACCCAAUCCUUCAGCACAACAAUUCCAAGCGCUAUGAUGUUUUCUACUACUCAAACUCACUCUCAUUCGUGGCAUCUGUAGUUAUCACAAUACUGCUUGUGAACAAGGAAUCCUGCGAGCAUGGUAUCAAGUCCUAUGCGCUAAGAGUGUGUUUGGUGGUGGGCUUGGUGAGCCUCUUGAUUGCCUACUCUGCAGGAAGCUCUAGGAAAGCAAGAGAAUCUAUCUAUCUCAUCGUCAUUGCUGUUGCAGUUCUGAUUGCUCUUGUGAUUCAAGUGCUUCUUCUCUCCUGUACGCAAGACAGUCUCAGAGGACCAACUGGACAGUUUAUAGAACGUCUGCUCCAGCUGCUUUUUGGGACGGACAAGGCCUGGCAUGGAGACACUUCUAAACAGAAAGAAAGCUCAGGUCGUCCCGAGAAAAAAGUUCGGAAGAGGCACAAGUAUUUGAUGCUGCUUGCAGUUUUAGCUGCCUCCAUCACGUAUCAAGCUGGUCUCAACCCACCCGGUGGUUUCUGGUCCGACGACAAUGAAGGCCAUGUGGAAGGCAAUCCUGGCCUGAAACCACCUGGUGCCUUGUGGUCUGAUAACAAAGGUCAUUUGGCAGGCAAUCCUGUUCUCCUUGAUAUUAAUCCUCGGCGCUACGAAAUAUUCUUCUGCUUCAACUCUAUCUCGUUCAUGGCAUCUAUUGUCGUAGUCAUGUUCCUGUUGAACAAAUCUGCCCGGAAGAAGGCCGUGCCACUUGAAGUACUGCACUUGAUCAUGAUACUGGACCUGCUGGCCCUCAUGACUGCUUUUGCUGCUGGAAGCUGCAGAAAAUUCAGGACUUCAGUCUAUGUGUAUGGUCUAGUGCUCGGUGUCGUGGUAUACCUUGUGAUCGCAGUUCUUUUGUCAAGUGGCAUUGCAAAAUGUCUGAGACCCAUGGAUAGAAAUAGGGUUUCCUCUCAGAGAAGUCCUAUUCGCGCUCCUACAGCAAGCACAAGGAUACUUGGAGACCAUGCUUGAUGGUUCCAUUCCUUUGGUAAUAGUACUAGUUUAAUAGUAGUGUAUGUAUUUGGCUUUUCAGUGUACGUUAUGUUGUGGGAGUUUGAAUUGAACUGAAAUUCGACGCUUUAUGUUGUUC